AUGAGAGAUUAUGUUAAUUCAAAUAUUAUUUUAAAUUCUAGACGCAUUUCUCAUAAAGAGGAAAAUUUUAUUAUUGAAAAUAGUUCAACUUUAAAAAAAUACCGUACGAGAGGAAAAAUAAACAAGUUAUUUUUUUUUAUAAAAAUUUCUUUAUUCACCCUACUAAUUUGGAUAUUACUUUAUUGUGAAAAUUACAAUUACAGAUUAUGGAAUGAUAAAUACAACCUAAAAAACAAAUUAGAUUUAGGAUCUAAAAGAUCUUUAGCAGAAGGUAAGGAAGUAAAAGAACCAACAAAUGAAGAAUUAAAAGUAAGUUCAUCGAAUAUGCAAACAAAUUUAGAAGAAAAUAAUACAGAAGUUGAAAAAUUGGAAUUAAAAGAGGAAGAAAAGGAUAAAAAGGAGAUAAUAAAAAUAGAAAAUGAAAAUGAAAACGUAGUAGAGAAAAAAAGGGAAAGCAAUAAUAAAGUAAAUAGUUUGCAUCUAAUGCAAAAAUACAAAAAAAUCUUGAGAAUAUUUAACAUAGCUUCUAUUGUUUUAUUACCACUUAUGUCAAUGACACUAUCUAUUGUAGCAGUUUCUACUAAUGAUAAAGAUAAUAAAUAUGUUAGCGGAUCCAAUAUAGUAACUUCUUUAUAUCUUGUAUUAAAUUCAAUUCUUUUGAUGGAUUUAAAAUCAAAUAGCAAUUAUAUGUAA